AUGCCAAAUCCUUAUCAUUACUUCGAAUCAGGUGAAAUAUCUCCUGAAAGAUUAUUACUAGAAAUUGAACUAUUAAAAGAACUGAAAAAAGUUGAUCUGCUCUAUAAUCUCGAUUGGACGCCGUAUGAUACACAUGCUUUAAAAUGUUUUCUCGAAGCUGGAAUAGAAGAAGUCAAUGAAGAACUGACUCAACGUUUUCGAGCGAAGACAAACGAUUUUAAACAAUACGAUUUUAUUUGUCAAUCUAUUCAAAAACAUCAAAUAUCUCCAAUGGGAGAAAAUUUCAAAAAACAACAAAUUUCUUUCACUGUCAUUCUUAAUACAAUAUUUAUUUUCAUCUGUAUUUUCUUUGUUAUUGGACUGUUUACUUAUGAAUAUAUUAAAAUCGAUCAGCAGCAUCAUUUAUUAAAAUCACUGGAUCAUCCGCUAACAGCGAAACAGCGCCGUCUGUCUUUCGCCAAUGAUUUAUCAAUUAUUUUUCUAGCAUUUGCUAGUGGAAUUUGCUUAGGAUGUAUAAUAAUUGCAACGAGAUUUAGACGAAAAAUAAUUAUAUUGGGAAUAGUCACACUAUGCAUCAUAUUGAUAUUAGUUACAAGAAAAAUUCAUCAAAUAAUUACAUUUCUAUCAACAUAUCGAGAAAUUCGAUGGCCAAUGCUUUAUGAUUAUAUGUUCUCAUAG